AUGCGUUUUAGCAAACUUGACUUAUUCGAAAAACUCGAUAACAACCAUCGAACAGGUACAACAACAGGUGGAAUACUUUCGUUAAUAACAAUUGGCUUAAUUAUUUCUCUUUUUGUAAUUGAAAUCAAAAGUUUUCUUAACCCACCACUCAGACAAAGAUUAAGUGUUGUUAAUAAAAGACCAACAGAAGCUGAUGGCGUAACAAUUACAAAAGAGUCUCAAGAAAAAACAAAAGUAAAUUUCGAUAUCUUUUUCCCAAACGCUCCUUGCUAUUUAUUGCAUUUCGAUUUAAUUGAUGCAGUUUCUCAACUCGAUUUAUUUACAUACAAUCAGAAUAUUACUUACACAAGAUUUUCUUCCGAUGGUAAAAUUAUUGGAGACUUCGAUCAUUCUGCAAGAUUUAAUACUAGCAAGGUUACAGAAUGUGGUUUUUGUAACGCGACAAAAGGUCUUAAAGACAAAUACAAAUGCUGCAAUACAUGCCAACAAGUUCUUGAAGUAGCACAAGUUUUUCGUGUUGUUGAUAUUCCACAAUGCUCUGACAAAGUUAAAGAACUUAAAAAGAUGCAAAACGAAGGUUGCAGAAUAAAGGGAAAUUUCGAAACAAUUAAAAUUAAAGCCGAAUUCCAUAUCAGUCCUGGUUAUUCGGUCAUAGAUGAAGAUGGUGUUCAUGCUCACGACGUUUCUUCAUUCAUUGACGACGUAUCGGAAUUAAAUCUUUCAUAUAAACUUAAUCAUUGCAGAUUUGGUGAUCAAAACCAUUCGCAACUAGAUGGAUUUUCUACAAUUCAAAAGCAAAUUGGCUAUUUUUACGCAGUUUAUACAAUUGAUGUUUCCGAAAACAACGAUUACUCUACAGCAUACAUGGAACAAGUUGAUAAUGGUACGCUUGUUCCAGGAAUUGUAUUUAAAUACGAUUUCGGAAUAAUAACUGCAAAAUCUUUUCCAGAUAGACCCCCUCUAAUCCAUCUAUUCUCAAAUUUAGUUUCUAUGGCCGGAGGUGUAGCAAUGAUUUUUUACAUUCUUGAUUACGCCUUAUUUAGUUCAAUAAAACAAAGAAAGAUCCACAAAAAUUCAAAAUUAACUCCUAUCUGA